AUGGCCACCGAGAUCGACAAAGAAGCUUGCAGGGCGGCAUACAGCCUGGUGCGCGACCACGGCUCGGCCGUCAUCUGGGUGACUUUUAAAUAUGACGGCCCCACCAUCGUCCCAGGCGACCAGGGAGCGGAGCACCAGCAGUUCAUCCAACAGUGCACAGAUGAUGUCCGGUUGUUUGCCUUUGUGCGCUUUACCACCGGUGACGCCAUGAGCAAGAGCUCCAAGUUCGCCCUCAUCACGUGGAUCGGUGAGAACGUCAGAGGGCUGCAGCGCGCCAAGACUGGCACGGACAAGACCCUGGUGAAGGAGGUGGUCCAGAAUUCCACAAAGGAGUUUGUGAUCAGCGAUCGAAAGGAGCUGGAGGAAGAUUUUAUCAAAAGUGAGCUGAAGAAGGCUGGAGGAGCCAAUUACGAUGCCCAGAUUUAGUAGCCCCAGCCCUGUGCCCCUGCCAAGCCAUCAGCCUGCUCCUCGCGGAAGGGGCCACGACACCAGCCCUCCAGGGAAGGGAGAAGUGCUGAGCGGUACUGGCCGCCACCUGUGCCUGUGGCCCUAGCCCCCCUCUCUGCCUCCCUCAUGCCCCUGCCCUGGCCUGUUUCACAGAGCUCAUGAAACAUUUUUCUUUGAUCUA